UCGUUCUCUGGAUAUUGCACAAAUGGAUGCAAAGAACGUUAUUAUGGACCGAAAUGUGAGCAUCUGUGUAGUUCGCAAUGCAAUUCCCAGAGUUGUGAUCAAGUUUCUGGUGAGUGUACUGCAUGCAACAAUGGCUAUUAUGGUCCAUAUUGUAAUCAGACCUGCAGUCCAUUUUGUGAAUAUAACAUUUGUGAUUUCCUUACUGGAGAAUGUCAACAUGGAUGUAAAUCGAACUGGACAGGAGACUUUUGUAACAAAUGUAAUGGUUCACACUUUGGGCAGAAUUGUUCUGAGAAGUGCAACAUCAACUGCAAAGGACAGAUGUGCAAUAAUAUUACAGGAGCUUGUACUAAUGGAUGUGAAAUGGGAUACUUCAAGGAGACUUGCAAUAAAAGUUGUAGCCCUUAUUGUUUAAACGGCUGUGACAGUGUUUCAGGCUAUUGUGAUGAUGGUUGUGUCGAAGGAAAGUUUGGCACGGAGUGUAACAAAAAUUGUGGAAUUGGUUGCCUUUCGAAGAGCUGUGCACGUAUAAAUGGGAACUGCACUUGCGCAGAUGGAUGGAAAGGGGAUAAAU